AUGGAGGAUCUGGAGAGUAUUUGGAAGAAGCUGAGCUUGAAUGAGGAGAAUGCUGGCGUUAAUGUACAUGCGGGAAGCUCGGUGAAGGUGAAAAGCAAAGGAGACUGUAGUCUGAUUGGAAAAAUAUGCUCGAAUUGCACGAAGGGGAAGGAGGUGGUAAGAGCAAUGAUGAUUAAGAUAUGGAAGGUUAGUAGACCACCUGUGUUCACUCAGAUACGUGCGAACAUAUUCAUUAUUACCUUUGCAAAUUCGAGGGAUAAGAGGAGAGUACUGGAUGGCUGCCCAUCGUUGUUUGACAACCUGAUGUUUGUGUUGAAAUCAUUCGAUGGUUUGACUCAACCAACUAAGAUCAACUUUGAUCUGGUUUCUCUACAGGUGCAUAUGCACAAUUUACCUCUAUCAUGCAUGACAUAUGACAUGGGAGAGCAGAUUGGGAUUUUCCUUAAGAGAGUAGAAGAGGUUGAUGCACCCAAGGAUGAUGUUGGUUGGGAAAGUUACCUAAGGGUGAAGGUGAAGGUGGAGGUAGAUCUUAGGAAGGCUAGAAGAACUAUAGAAGUGGGUGAGAAGAAGUUGUGGGUGCCUUUUACCUACGAUAAGCUCCCUAAGUUGUGCUUCAAAUGUGGUUGCAUAGUUUAUAGGGAGGAGGGAUGUGCCCUGUCACAUAAUCUGGUUGGUGAUAAGAAGAACCAAUUUGGUCCUUGGCUAAGGGUAAGUGGAGGGCCUCAGGGCAAUUUCAGGGAGAGGAUGGUGUUUGAUGAAGAAGAGGAGAGGAAGGAGGAGCAGCAGCAUGAGCAAGGUGUGGAAACUGAAGGGGUGAGGAAGUGA